AUGAACACUCCACAGAGCAACAUCUCCAGCCAGGGGGAGCUGCCGCGUGUACCGUCUGUGUUCAGAGUGGAUCUCUUCUGUUCGGGAAAGGUGGACGGAGAGGCGGUGGUGACGGUGCAGCUCAAUCUCACAGUCCACGCAAACAACUACACAGUGCUCAACUUCAAGAGGAGGAAAAUGUGCUACAAAAAAAUAGAUCCUGAUCCAAACCGUCCCUCUCUCUCAAACAACUCGCUGCCAAGACCCGACUUAGAUGUGACGACUCCCACCUCCUCCACUCAGGUCUUCUACAUCAGCGUUAGCGUGUGUUGCAUCGUCAUCUUCCUCGUGGCCAUAGUGUUGGCCAUUCUCCAUCUGCACAGCAUGAAGAGGGUAGAGAUGGAGGACAGUGUGAGUGACAGUGGCAGCUCCCAGGGCCUGUCCCAGCCUUCCACACAGACCACGCAGUACCUUCGGGCCGACACUCCCAACAACGCCACUUCAGUCACCAAUAAUCACCCUGGCUCCACACCCAUUCUCCAGCUUGCCGCCUCCUCCUUCCAAAACCCCGGUGUCCCCCCCCACGAACCCAAAAGUUUCCCGUCUCUUCGCAUCGAGAAGAACGACCUACGCAGCGUUACUCUGACUGAAGCCAAAGCCAAAGUGAAAGACAUCGCUAUCUGCAGGGAGAGGGUGACACUGCGGAACGUCCUCCAAGAAGGAUGA